UUUCUUUUUUCUUUUUUUCUUUUUCUCUAUUCAAUAAAAAAUAGCAUGGCACCUUUGACUGAUAACCAAAAGAUCCGCAAGCAGGUCAACUUUUACUUUUCAGACUCUAACCUUCCUUAUGACAAAUACCUCUGGACUCUUCACGCAAAUGCAGAGAACCACUGGAUUCCCUUGUCCAUCAUUGCAGGCUUCAAAAAGGUCAAAAUGAUCACUGAAGAUGAACAAGCUGUCUUGGAUGCUCUCAAGGAAGAAGAAAGCGACAUUUAUGAGCUUGACGUUGAAAACAAAAAUAUCAGAAGAAAGGGUGAAGUCGUCAAACAGGACCAUGUCUCUCGUUCUAUCCACGUCAAGGGUUUACCUUUGGUUGAUGAAGGCGCAGAAAAGCCAGUUGAUGCUUUGAUUGAACUUCAAGACAAAAUGGAAGAUUUCUUUAAUGAAAAGGCUAAAGUACUUGCUAUUCGUUUAAAGAAGCACGAUGACACCAAGAAGUUCAAGGGAUCUGCUUACAUUGAAUUCGAAAACCCUGAAGCUGCAAAGAAGGUUGCUGAAUUGAAGGAAGUUCAAUUUGAUGGUCAUAAUCUUGCUAUAUUAUAUAGACCUGAAUAUCAUAAAUUAAAAGAAGAAGAAUAUAAAGGUCAGCCCAUGAGGAGAAAGAAGAAGAACUUCAACGCAUUCAGACAACAACCUGAAAGAACAAAUAAGAGAAAGCGUAAUGAUCCCAAGUCAAGACAAAACAAGAGAACAAAGAAGGAAAACGAGACAUCAAAGGCUGAAGAGGCUGAAGGUGAAGAAAUUAAGGCUGAGGAGAAAGUAGUAGAAGAAGAGAAGAAGGAGGAAAAGACUGAAUAG